CAGCUCCUGAACAGUCAGCUCGCUCUCCUCGGGCAAUACGGUCUUCGCGGUCGCAGCCAUAUUUCCUUACAACAGCGCUCCGGCGAGGCGUUUUGACAUUCGCGACGUCAGUCACCGAUCGUCUCGAGACGUCUCGAGUAAUGAAACUUCUCUGGCUUUUUUUAAUAUAAAGCUGCGAAAUGCAUUACGCACGAGUCAAGGACCAAGACAACCUAACCAACGAGUGCAGUCUCGAUAACUGUCGCGAGCGUGACGUUCGAUUCUUAUCGAUAACUAUCGCGAUCGCGAAGUUCGAGUCUUAUCGAUACUCGACUUACUUCAAUUCGAAAAGAUGGAGAAACUGCAUCGCGCGAGCGAACGUCUUGGCAGCAAAGUGUCGCCGGAAAAUCUACAAUUACAAGAUCUCCCAGAGUAUCCACCAGGACAUCGCAGAGCAUCGAUUCCCACUCAUCUCUGCCUGCGAGAUUGUGCUCACGGGCCAGGUAACGUGCCACGGCGUUGCUCUGUGCUAUCGGCUUGCCGUCUAUUUCCAGAACUGGCAGCAUCCCGUAAGGCAUCGCUGAGAACAGGAGAAGGCAAUCGACUGACGAUCGUGCUUAAGUUCACGUCUGCCAAUGAAGGGGAGAGAAACGGAACAAAUUUGUCUUCGCUCACAAGGUACAUCUAGACGUCGGUGGGAGGGCUUAGUAUCCGAAAGAAGUUUAUCCUGAAGAGGAAGCCAAGUACGGUUUUUCAAGAAUUAUAAAGCCGUUCAUCAUCGAUACUCUCUCGCACUUCCAAUGUCGAUCCGCGGGAUAUUAAUUCGCAAAAGGAUAAGAUUCUAUUCGCAGAAAAUCGUGCAUUAAAUAAUAAAUCAGACAUCCAAUUUCCGAAGACGAACGCUUCGUCACGUUUUAAUUAAUUUAAACUUCGGGAGUGCCGUGUAAAGUAUCGCGCGGCUAUUUUUAUCGCGGACGGUUUGUCUCGUCUUAAUUAGUUCGGGAGUGCCGUGAAAAGUAUCGCGAGUCGCUUAAUUAGUUCGGGAGUGCCGUGAAAAGUGUCGUUUGUUUUCAACAUGCCGCGGACGAUUCGCGCACGAAAUCGUCAAUAAUAUUAACGUAUUUUCGCGAGUGAAUAUAUAGUGCAACGAAUAAGUGCCAACAAGAUCUACUUGAGAGGAAGGGAGGCCUAGAUGGAGGGCAUCGGCGGAGCAACUUUGGGAUCAACGUAGAGUCUACGUAGUUUAACUCCGCUGCUACGCAUCGACCGACGACGGUCAUGGCCGGGUCCACAAAAGUUGAGGAGGGCAAUGGUCCCCCGAAGAUCGAGACCUUCGACGACAUCCUACCAUAUGUUGGCGAAGCGAGCAAAUACCAGUUGUUCCUGUUUAUUUUACUCUUACCCUUCACGAUCGUUUACGCCUUUUUAUACUUCGCACAGUUCUUUAUCACCCUCGUGCCCGCCGAAUAUUGGUGCACUAUACCGGAGCUGGACCACUGGAAUUUAACCGAUCAUGAAAAGAUUGCGCUAUCGAUACCACUGGCUACCGAAGAAGAACUGCAGUUGGAAGGCGCCACUUUGUUUUCGAGAUGUUACAUGUAUGAUGUAAAUUACACCGAGCUGCUCUCGAAAGGUGUCAGGCAGGCCGAUCCUUCGUGGCCGGCGAUCCAUUGUAAACAAGGGUGGACCUUCAAUCACACAAUGAUUCCGUAUGCCUCGAUCGCUGUCGAGCUCGAGUGGGUUUGCGACAAGACUUUUCUCGGUUCCGCGGCUCAAUCGGCCUUUUUCGUCGGCAGCAUCCUUGGCGGUCUAGUAUUCGGCUACAUAGCCGAUCAUUACGGCAGAAUCCCGGCGUUAGUGUCCUGUAACGCGGUAGGUUUCUUCGCCUCCAUCGCGACUGCCUUCUGCAAUAGCUUCUGGUCCUUCUGCGUAGCGAGAAUGAUCGUCGGUUCGUCGUUCGACAACUGCUUCAACGUUCUUUUCAUUAUCGUGAUCGAGUACGUUGGUCCAAAGUAUAGAACUUUGGUGGCGAACAUGUCCUUCGGGAUUUAUUUCGCAUUCGCCGCUAGCAUCCUGCCGUGGAUCGCGUAUUGGAUCGCAGAUUGGAGAAUUUUAAGUGUCGCCACCGCAUUUCCGAUGAUCGUCGCUUUCUGCAGUCCAUGGCUGGUUCCAGAAAGUGCACGAUGGUAUAUUAUGAGCGGGAAGAUCGACAAGGCGAUUGAAAUGCUGAAGAAAUUUGCAAAGGUCAACGGCAGGGAGGUGAAGCAGGAGGUGUUCGAGGAAUUCGAAAGAAGCUGCAAGAAUUUAAUUGAAAAGGAUCAGUCGCACAAUCAAUAUACCGUAGUGCACCUCUUCAAAUUACCUCGACUAGCUCGUAUCACCGUCAUACUCGUUACUUAUUGGUUGUUAAUCAUUUUGGUAUUCGACGGACACGUUUGGAACAUGAAGCUGCUGGAUCCCAACGUGUUCAUGUCAUUCUCCAUAGCCGCGUUGACCGAGCUUCCGGCGGCGAUCUUGCUGGCAUUGUUCCUUGAUAGAUGGGGUAGACGAUGGAUGGGUUUCGCAUCAAUGUUUGUGUGCGGCUUGUUCUCUUUCUUCGCCAUCGCAACUCCUGCUGGUCCACUAACCGUCGCCAUGGCGAUCGCGGCGCGCCUCGGUGUCAAUAUCGCCGCGAAUAUCGGUUUCCAAUACGCGGCUGAAAUGUUGCCGACCGUAGUGCGGGCGCAAGGUGUGUCUCUGAUUCACAUUAUUGGCUACUUCGCUCACAUCAUUGGACCUUACGUGAUUUAUUUGGCCGACGUCCAUCCAUCUUUGCCACUGGUAGUUCUCGGUCUAUUGUCAAUAAUGGAUGCGUUCUUGACCUUGGCAUUACCGGAAACCUUAAAUCAGGAAUUACCCGAAACUUUGGAAGAGGGUAACGAUUUUGGGAUAGAUCAGAGCUUUUGGUGGAUUCCUUGCAUAUCUUCAACUCCACAGUUCAAAAAAUCGCUGAGAAAGAAGAAAAAUAAAGGUAUGACAAACGCGGGCUUCCACGAUAGUAUUCAGACGAUUGACUCCACGAGAUUAUAGCGGCCGAGUCUUCAUAAAUAUCGAAUUUGCCAAAUCGUUGUAAAUAUCGCGGGUAAGUCGCCCGCAUGUGAUGAUCUUAGGUAUUAAGCUAGAAAACACGCCAAGUACGAUGUGUGUAUGUGUGUGAGAUGCGCGAUGUUCUAACAAAACAUAUGUAAAGUAGCGCGAUGCAAAGAACGCAUUUUUAGAGAUGCAAAUAGGGAUGCAAAUGCAUAUCGAAUUAAUGGUAUUUUGAAGCCAACAAACGCGAUCGUCUCGAAGAGCGCUGUAUUAUCUUUCAAAUCGUUUCUUCGCGAUUACGUGUUGUUAUGUCACGUUGUUACAACGUGGAUUUUCGACUUGCCGCUCUUUUCCUGCAGAAAAGAUGCAGCGUGUUACAUGUACAAAGUUAGUUAAUUCAUAGUUUUAACAAAGAUUAUUCGUAGUAACAAAUCGCCCUCUUUUCCUUCGCGUCGUUUGCAAGAUAUCAUUCAAGUGAGAAUCGAAGAGAUAUUAAUUAUGAAUUCGAUUUUCUUACGCUGCACGAAGUAGGAUUUUAUACUAGUUUUAUCGCAUUUUAUUCACUCGCAAAUAAAGGUCACUUGCGAUAUUCACAUACAUCGCGAACUCAACGAAAUUAGAUCGAUUUCAAUAUCUAUUACGUUUGGCUUUUUGCUCAUUGUUCCUUUAUCUUGAAAGACGACAUCUUCGAAAUCUCGAAGUACGUAAAAGGUUCUUCCUGUGUGUCGAAUAAGAUAAGAGAUUGUCUUGUUAUAUUCAAUUUGUAUUCUUGGAAUACAAAAUACAACAAACAAAUCGUGUGAAUGGAUAAAAGGAAUCGCUUUUUUGAUACAUCAUUAAGAAUUGUCGAUGGCUACGAAUUGAUUAAUGUAUACGUAAUAACGUAAGUAAAUAAUUUUCAGUAAUUUAAUAUAGAAAUAGGAUUAUAGCGUAAUCUUUUUUCACGCCUCGCGACGAAAGCAUUUCUUCUUUUACUGCCAAAUGUGAAAAUUAUCGAAAAUUAUGUGGGACCACACAUUUCAUAUAAGUCAGUUUCAUUUCGCUCAAUGACAUCUGCAUAAGAAAGUAAUCGAAUAAUGAUGCAAAAUAAAAAGACAUUUUAUUUUA